CCUCUCCCACCGGACAACCCACAGACCGUAUCCAGCCAGUAGAGAAAAAGAGAUGUGGAACGUUCCUAUUACAAACUUGUAGAGAGUCGGAAUAUAUUUGUUGCGUACUGGCGGCUUUUUCAAAGUUUUGUUUUGUUUUGCAUCGUUUGUUUGCAAAUUAAUCGCGUCUGUUUUGUAUUUUUUUCUUCACUUGUCUCCCUCAACCCAAAAUAUUUAAUAGAAAAUUAUCACUUUUUUUGUAAACAACGGAUGUCAUUUUAAUCUUUUCUAGCACUCUCGCAUGCUUGCUAGGACAGAGCAUGGAUAACUAUCCUUAGCUAUCUAACAGUAUCUAGCUACAUAGCUAAUGUCAGUACAUAGCUAGUUUGCAGAUAGUGGUAGCUAAUAAAGGUUAUAACUGUGGCUACUAUCUGACUUCCCAGCUGUCUUCAUUGGCUAGCGAAAGUUAUCUAAUGAUGCAACAUGUGUAAUUUGUUGAUUCUGAAACAUUGCUCGACAAGUUUGUUUCUAUCUUCAACAGAAGUUUUACCUGCUAACAUUAGCUGGCUAGGCAACUAACGUUAGCGCAGACUAACUGAAUAUUAAUUUAUUAUGGCUAGCAAUCUUGCUAUCACGACUUAGUCAUGAGUUUUUUUUUAACUGUCACUUUAAUUUAUAAAAUGUUUCUUAGUUUCAUACCACUAGCUGCAGAAUUAUGGAGAGCUAUGUCUUCUGUGAGGUUAAGAUCUCGUAGCUAGUAACGUUAGCUAGCAAGCUGUAAAACAAGAUUUUGCAUUUUUGUGGCACAAUCAACCUGGUACCUUAUUGAAGAUCAAUGAAUACCUCAGGCCCACAAUCGAAGAGAAAGUUUUACAUGGGACAACACCCGGUCAUCAAGAGAAAGAGCCCUCCUGUUGGUGUUGAACCACUGGCACCAAGAUGCUCACGCCGCUUUCAGCAACCAGAUCGCAACAGUGCGCACAUGAACCAUACAAAAAUGGCUGACGAGCCAACAGAAAAGCAGGAGUGGACUGGGGAAUCAACUCUGGCUCUGGAUGAGGGCAUUUUACAAGCAUUGGAUGCCCUCAGUCCUGUGGAUGACCUGCUGAAGAAGAGACCGGAUGCAGCUGUGUUAACCAAGCCCCAGUCAAACCCCAUUAGAGUGUCCACAUCUGACAGGGUGGUCCCUGAGAAGGAGCCAGAAUUUACCAAAAUCAAAUCUAAAAGUUCUCAGCAGUCACAUGUUAUGGGCACUGGGGAAAUCAGGCGUUCAAAUGUGAGAGCAGUUCCUGUUUUUUCCGAGCCUGAAACUUCAAAGAUGUACUCGAGGACGUCAAGAGAUUGUAAGGAUUUAGCCAAAAAGCUUUUGUUCAGCGAAGAUGGCAGAAGCACCCAGAGCUGUUACGAGCGGAGACCAGCGGCUUGUGAAAAUGGCCCCCGGAAAGCCAAGCACAAAAGACAGAGGGCCGGCCCAGAUUGUACAAAUUCAUGGGGUGUGGCUUCUCAAAAGCGAGCUGCUGUGAUAAACACUGCGUCGGUGGCCCCUUGUUUCAAGGCUGCCAACUCAGGUGGCGGUGGCCCACAGCAUGCUGACGCUCCACUGGAUGUGUCUGGGGACUACAUCCUUUUCAGCCCAACCCACAUGGCUGCAGCGUUGGAGAGGAAGAGGCGGCUCCAUCAGCAGAGCGUAGCGGGAAACACCUCCUCCUCUGUUUUGACUCCACCUCCUGGGCUUAACCUCAGCACACUGGGGGACACACCUGGACACAGCAUUCAUAUGGCUGUUCCUGCCAAUCAAUCUGACAAGCUGCUGCUGUCCAACUGGGGUCUCCCUAAGGCGGUCCUUGAGAGGUAUCAGAGUCUGGGGGUGGUCCAGAUGUUCGAGUGGCAGGCAGAGUGCCUCACCCUGGGAAAAGUGUUGGAGGGCAAGAACUUGGUCUAUUCAGCUCCUACCAGCGCCGGUAAAACAUUAGUCUCUGAGUUAUUGAUUCUGAAGAGAGUCCUGGAAACCAGACGAAAGGCCAUGUUCAUUCUCCCGUUUGUGUCUGUGGCAAAAGAGAAGAUGUUUUACCUCCAGAAUGUGUUCCAGGAGGCCGGGAUACGGGUAGAGGGGUACAUGGGCAGCACCUCUGCAGCCGGAGGGUUCACAUCGCUGGACGUGGCCGUGUGCACCAUUGAGAAAGCCAACGGGCUCAUCAACAGGCUGAUAGAAGAGAACAGGAUGGACCUGCUAGGAAUCGUUGUGGUGGACGAGCUACACAUGCUGGGAGACUCGGGUCGAGGAUAUCUGCUGGAGCUCCUCCUGACCAAGAUCCGCUAUGUCACCCAGAGAGCCGCCAGGACUUCCUCAGAGGGCAAGGCCAGCCUCAGUGAGGGCGGGGUCAUGGGUGAAGCCAACUUCAGCGAUGGAGUUCAGAUCGUGGGUAUGAGCGCCACUCUGCCCAACCUGAGCUUGCUGGCGUCCUGGCUGAAUGCGGAGCUGUACCACACAGACUACCGGCCUGUUCCCCUAGAGGAGCGGCUGAAGAUCGGCACCAGCAUAUACGACGGCUCCAUGGACCUGGUCAGAGUGUUCAAACCUGCCCUGCAGGUCAAGGGUGAUGAUGAUCACAUCGUCGGUCUCUGUUUUGAGACCAUCCAAGGCGGGCACUCCGUACUGCUCUUCUGUCCCUCUAAGAACUGGUGUGAGAAGCUGGCUGACAGCAUCGCCCGGGAGUUUUACAACCUCCAGCACAGAGCUCUGCUAGCUGCCCGAGAAGGACAGAAGGCUGCAGAGCCCCCUCCGCUGGUCCUGGAUCGGGAGGGGCUGCAGGACGUGGUGUCGCAGCUGAAGCAUUCCCCCGCAGGACUGGACCAGACGCUGCAGCGCACAGUCCCCUGGGGCGUGGCCUUCCACCACGCAGGUUUGACAUUUGAUGAGCGGGACAUCCUGGAGGGCGCGUUUCGACAGGGCCAGGUGAGGGUCCUGGUUGCCACCUCCACCCUGUCGUCUGGCGUGAACCUCCCCGCCCGCCGUGUCAUCAUACGCACACCUGUUUUCAAUGGACGCCUGCUCGACAUCCUCUCCUACAAGCAGAUGUCUGGGAGGGCAGGGAGGAAAGGGGUGGACACCAUGGGGGAGAGCAUCCUGGUGUGUAAGGAGUCUGAGCGUCUGCAGGGGGUUAGCCUGAUCCAGGGCUCCCUCAAACCAAUCAGCAGCUGCCUGGUCAAGAAGGAAGGGGAGGGGCUAACCACCAGCAUGAUCAGGGCUAUCCUGGAGAUCAUUGUUGGGGGUGUGGCCAGCACCCCAGAAGACGUGCGUACAUAUGCCUCGUGCACCCUGUUAGCAGCGAGCAUUUCCAGUGGGCAUGGGGAAUUGGAGGGCGGAGCCAUCGAGGCUUGCGUUGAUUGGCUGAUGGAGAAUGAGUUCAUCCAGAUCCAGGUAGAAGGUGACGGUGAGCAGAAGACUGAACGGUACUGCCCCACACACCUGGGCACGGCCACCCUGUCCUCCUCCCUUUCCCCGCCCGAGGCAUUGGGAAUAUUCGCCGACCUCCAGAGGGCAAUGAAAGGCUUUGUCUUGGAGAAUGACCUCCACAUCCUCUACCAGAUAACCCCUGUGUAUGCGGAGUGGAUGACGAUUGACUGGUAUCAGUUUUUCUGCCUGUGGGAGAGCCUGCCUUCCUCUAUGAAGCGUGUGGCUGAGAUGGUCGGGAUUCAGGAGGGCUUCCUGGCCCGCUCCGUUGGCGGGAAAAUUGUCGCCAAAACAGAAAAACAGCGCAGGCAGAUGGCUAUUCACAAACGGUUUUUCACCACUCUGGUGCUGCUUGAGCUCAUCAGCGAGGUUCCCCUGGCAACCGUUGCCAAGAAGUAUGGCUGCAGCCGGGGACAGCUGCAGUCUCUCCAGCAGUCUGCCUCCACCUACGCAGGCAUGGUGACUGUGUUCUGUAACCGUCUGGGAUGGCACAACCUGGAGCUGCUGCUGUCCCAGUUCCAGAGCCGGCUGAAUUUUGGGGUGCAGAGGGAGCUGUGCGACCUGGUGAGGGUGUUCCUCCUCAACGCCCAGCGUGCACGGGCACUCUACAAUGCGGGGUUCCUCACCGUGUCCGACCUGGCCCGUGCCAGUCCAGACGUUGUGGAGAAGGUCCUGAAGAAAGCUGUCCCUUUUAAGAGCUCUCGGCAGGCAGCUGAUGAGAGCGAGCAGGAGGCGCAGGAGCGUCGGAGCGCACGCUGUAUCUGGGUGAGUGGGAGGCGGGGCCUGACUGAGAAGGAGGCGGCACUGCAGAUUGUGGCUGAGGCCCAGCUACUCCUGCAGCAGGACCUGGCCCUCCUUGGGGUUCAGUGGAACCCGGAAUCCCUCCCCCAGAAGCCCUCUGACCCCCCUUCAUUCGCCACCGAACCUGCACAAGACCCACCAUCCCAGCCACACUCACUUCAGGGGUUGCACAAGGUUACAGCUGAGGGCUGUGCCCAACAAGCCAAGAGGGACUCUGCGGUGGGGCAGGGGAACAACUUCAAUGAUGGAAAGAGCCACAAUUUGUCCUGCGACAGAGCCAGGUUCUCUGCCCCUCAUAGAAGUUCCCUACCUUCUCUGGCAAAGUCAGAGGAACAUCCCACCAAGGAUUUCCUGAGGGCAACGGUUAUAGACCCACUGAAUCAGUCUCCUAAUCUAGGAAGGACCAAGCCAGAUGCUCAGUCCGUCACGCUGAACAAAGUCCUAAAGUCCAUAAACUCUGACAAAAAUCUGACCGAUGAAGCCACUGUGGAGCUAUCCUCCAAGCCCAAGCUUCCUCCUGAAUCCAGUGUGGCUGGCCCAUCUUGCCCCAGGAAGGAGCGCAUUCUUGAGUCAGAGGGCGACCCUCACAGUAAGCAACCUCUGACUCCUAUAUCCAAGCGCAGGAAGGUGGAUGGUCAUGUGACCAUGGCGGUUGCACCUAAGAAAGCAUCCCAUCUUUGUACGGUUGCGAAUGAAGGGGAGGUAGUCGAAAGGAAUCCACUCGUCCCCAAACCAUCAUCAUCGUCAUCUUGUUCGUUAAAGCAUUGUGAACCUAAAGCCAGAGUCAACAGGGAAACCAUAAAAGCAGCAAUUUCUGGGAGUGAGCCGAAACAGGUGUGUCUGGAGAACCAAGAGAGGGAUGAUUCUUCUGAAUGCAUGGGUGAUGUCCCAUCUGUCGGUCUGAGGAAACGGCAGCAGAAAUCAAAGCACUGCGAUGCGGGUAACAGCUGUGGGACCGUGGUAUGGGAGGCACAGAGCAGAGCUUCGCUACUUCAUGUCCCACUGUCCCACUUUGAUAAUGAGAAAAGGGAUUCGCGGGUGCGUCAACAUCUUGGAUUUCUGGGAAAGCAGACCUCACCUCCACUCCCAGAACAGAGGAGGUGCAGGGCUGGGGCUGUGGAGGGCAGGGCAGCUGAGACGGAGACGUGUGAGUCUCCCGAUCUGUACACAAGUGGGCAGGAGGAGGUGUUCGGGGACAGCUUUCAGCUGGACACCCAGACUGAGAAGAUGAUGAUGCAGCUUCAUGAGAGCCCAGUGGUGUCCCACAACGACUAUAGUUCGAAGCCAAGAAUCUCACCAGAAUCAAAACAAACACAUACCGAUCAUCAAAGUCUGGGGCAGGAACGCCCGACUGAGGAGAAUCGGGCCUGCUCGGAUUUGCAUCAGGAACUGUUAAUGGAUGAUCGUUCUUGUGAAGGGGCAAGGGGCAGUGACUCACCUGCCAAAGCUCCACCCAGAUACAACACCUCCCUCACCGACAGCCAGAUGGAGGACAUCCUGGCCUACAGCACUCAGGCUUCUGACUGUCAUGGAGAGGCUCAGCAUGCUGUUAAAACAAACAUUCGGUCAAGUGAAAUUCAUUCUCUGCCAGAUGCCGACAGGGAGUGGGCUGAGAGCGCUACUGAAAGCAGCAUCAACAGGAGCAGUAGUUUCCUGUUUGAUAGUUUGAAUGAGGAUUUCCUGUUGGACAGCCCGACAGAGGGGAGGCCAUUGGAGGAGGCUGGAGGUGGGGCCACAGACAUGAACACCAGCCACAUUUCCUCUGCACAGGCACAGCGGGAAGAUGACGAGAAGCCAGAGAAUGACCCUGAGGCUAUCCAAUGGGGCGAAUCCUCCUUCAGCCUGUCAGAGUGGGGUGAUUCAUUGCAGAUUGGGGAGCCCUACCUUAACAGGCUGACCACUGUUCUCAGAUCAGUGAGCGAUGAGCUGCCGCUGAGGCCGACCAGUGUAACACGAUGCCUGUCCAAUGGUACAUUUGCAUCUGAGACUGUUAAGCAUGCUAGCAACAUACAGAAUCCAGCUGUUUCAACUGAUAGAGCUCUGUCGGAAAGGUCGUUUCACUUGAGCCCGGGAAUGCAGGACAUUCUAGACCAGUGGCCCAGCAUGUCCGGAAAAUUCACAAGCUCCCUCAACGCUCCUGUAGAUGUCGAAACAGACCAACAUGCCCCCGAACAGGUGACCACAGAGUCAAUCGGACAGAGGAGCUUGAAGACUAGUUUGGAGUGUGACUCAGGAACAGAAGAUGAAAGGGGCGGUGGAUCUGAAUCCCGAUGUCCAGCUGAGGAACUGGAAUCUGGGCCAAGAGGCCACAAGGAUCUGGUUCCUCCAACACCAGUUCCGGUCACUCCCAGAAUCAAAAUGACCAUGACCAUUUCAUCUGCACAGUCGUCACCAGUCACUCCUGCCCCGUCUCUCCUGGGAAACACAGUGGCCGUGACAACGCCCCAAGUCCAACCUCCUCCUACCGUGUCGGACCCAGACCCUGACCCGGACACAUCCCUGAUCGAGGAGGGCUUCUCGCUCCAGCUGUCUCAGGACCCCCCCCAGACCACCACCUCCCUUCCUAGCAGCCCUGAGGGCUUUGCCAUCAUUGAUGUGGCUAGUGAUUACCGUCUGUUCAACACCUUCAUCCAGGAGUGGAAGUCUAAGAGUCGCUUCUCGAUUGCUCUGGCCUGUGAGAGGAAGGAGCACAUGCGGUCUCCCAAAUCUGCCAUUGGUGGAAGGUUUCGGCCAGGGAACACUAAUGCGAAGAACAAUGAGAGCAUAGAUGGGUUUCCUGUGAAAGGAAAUGAGGUUCUGAUCCUGACUGGGAUGUCUGUUUGCUGGGGAGGAAAAGAUGCUUAUUAUGUCUCACUGCUGCGAGAGCAGCCAAUCAGAGACGUCAGUGCGAGCUUAGCCCCUCCCCCUCUGGAUGAGAGCCUAUCGGUGGAAGAGAGGCUGAAGCAAGUCCAGGCCUGUCUCAGGAGAGGCAAUCUUUCACCAGCAGAAGGAGCUGUGGUUGCAUACGACUUCAUUCAGUUGUACAAGACUCUUUUACUGGCAUGUGGGCUGUCACUGGAGGGCAACUUUGAAGACCCCAAGGUGGCUUGCUGGCUGCUGGAUCCCGGGUCCAAGGAGCGCACGCUCCACAACAUGGUGACGAACUUCAGCCCUGCGGAGCUCCCCCUGUUGGAGGGCAUCGGCCCCGGACAGGGCGUUCGGAGCCUGGGCAUGGGCGGGGACAGCAGCCACACGGGGCGCUAUCGAGCCGCCAUCGAGUCUGUUCUCGUCUUCAGCACCAUGGCUCAGCUCACCGGCCUCCUGGAGAAAGACAGGCUGCUAGAUGUGUUCCGUCAGGUGGAGAUGCCCUCUCUGUACUGCUUGGCUCUCCUGGAGCUGAACGGAGUGGGGUUCAGCACCACGGAGUGUGACACUCAGAAGCACAUUAUGCAGGCGAAGCUUAAAGCUUUGGAGUCCCAGGCCUACCAGCUUGCAGGCCACACCUUCUCCCUCACCCGCCCAGAGGACAUUGCCGAGGUACUAUUUCUGGAGCUCAAGCUGCCACCAAAUGGAGACCUGAAUGGGCUGAGGAAUAAGAGAACUCUGGGAUAUGCCAGGAGGUCUGCCGCUGCAACCAGAGUCAAACUGGCCAAGCAGUUCAGCACCACAAAGGAUGUGUUGGAGAAGCUGAAACCACUGCAUGCGUUGCCAGGGGUGAUCUUGGAGUGGAGGCGAAUCACCAAUGCUAUGACCAAGGUGGUGUUUCCCCUGCAGCGUGAGAAAUGCUGGCUCCCUCUGCUGGACAUGGAGAGAAUAUACCCUGUCUCACAGACACACACAGCCACAGGUAGAGUGAGCUUCACAGAGCCCAACAUUCAGAAUGUGCCAAAGGAUUUUGAGAUUCACAUGCCAACUCUCAUCGGCGAAAGCCCCCCGUCCCAGGAAAGGGGCAAGGCCAUCCUCACAAAGCCUGGGAGUAGAAGAUCAAAGAUCCAUCGAGAGCUAGCCUUACUGGUCAGAGCACCUAAGGGGUCACCAGAGAAAGGGAUGCCUUUUUCGGUCAGCAUGAGGCAUGCCUUUGUGCCUUUCCCAGGGGGCCUGAUCCUGGCGGCCGAUUACUCCCAGCUUGAGCUGCGGAUCCUGGCCCACCUCUCCCGCGACCGGCGCCUCCUGCAGGCCCUGAACAGCGGUGCAGACGUCUUCCGCAGCAUCGCGGCCGAGUGGCGGAUGAUCGAACCCGAGGCUGUGGAUGACAACUUGCGCCAACAGGCCAAGCAGAUUUGUUAUGGAAUAAUCUAUGGAAUGGGAGCAAAAUCGCUGGGAGAGCAGAUGGGCAUUGAGGAGAAUGAUGCUGCCUGUUACAUAGAAACAUUCAAAUCCAGAUACACAGGGAUACAUGCCUUCCUGAAGGAAACUGUGAAGAACUGUGCCAAAAAUGGCUAUGUCCAGACCAUGCUGGAGAGGAAGAGAUUCCUACCAGCCAUUAAGGACAAAAAUGUGUACCUAAAAUCUCAUGCGGAGCGGCAGGCAGUGAACACCACGGUUCAGGGCUCUGCUGCCGAUAUUGUCAAAUCUGCCACCGUGGGAAUCCAGCGGCGCCUGGAGCAGGCCUUCCCCACCGUACCACGGUCACAUGGUCACGCCUCCGCCAGAGCCGAGAACCUCAGACAGAGAUGCCUCUCUCGGCCCUGUAGGGGAGCAUUCUUUGUUCUGCAGCUGCAUGAUGAGCUGAUCUAUGAGGUGGCGGAGGAGGACGUCAUCCAGGUGGCUCAGAUUGUAAAGAAAGAAAUGGAAUCUGUGAUGAAGCUGUAUGUGAAGCUUCGAGCAAAGAUCAGAGUGGGACCCAGCUGGGGAGAUCUUCAAGACCUGGACAUUUAGACUCACACCUGUGUACAGGUGAACUUGAGGGUGCUGGAAGCUGACAGAUCUACAUUGGUUGCGUUCUUGCAGCCAUAAAGAGGGAUUCUCUAAACUACCUUAGAAGGAAGUUGUUUUAAGGGUGCGUUGUGCACAAGCACAUGUAUGUGUGUAUCUGGUUGUGUGUGUUUGUGGUGUGUGUGUGCAUGUGUGUGUGUCUGUGUCUGUGUUUGUUAGACAUGUACAGAAACCUGACAUGAAUUGUUUUUGGCAACCUUGCCAUGUACUUGAAUACAUUUUAACCAACACACGUAAUAUUAUUAUGUGAUAAGAUGCACUUUUUAGAAAAUAUUUUAAUGGCUUUCCAUAAGUCAUAAAAAUGUAUUUGAGGACAGAAAUUAAAAAUACUUUACUGUUUUUAAUAUUUCCGUAGAUUAAAUGAAAUGGAUUAACUGUUCUAUCAAACAGUGAGAUUACUAUGUAUUAUUUAAAACAAAUGUGUCCAAGGUUGUAAAUUACACUACCAGGGGAAAUAACUCUAUAAAACUAUCUAUGCAACUGAUAAUAGAAUUGUAUCUCAGUUCUUUUGCAUUGUCAGAUUUGCAUAGUGUUCAAGGAAAGCAAAAAAAAAGUGUAAUUUUACAGCUGUUAAAUUUUUUGAAGAGAAAGACAUCUGAAAUAAAAAUGUUACUGCAUCGUG